AUGUCCUCUCAAUCACCUGCCUUAUUUGGCGUAAUCGCCCAGCUCCCACCCAGCUCCGGAUCCCUCCAGGUCUCAAACAAGCCGGCAAGAGCCUCCGACGAUCCGAACCGCACGGCCCCUGCGGACGACCCAUCUCCUCGCGUGGAGGACCAUCUCCUCGCGCGGAUGACCCAUCUCCUCGCGCGGACGACCCAUCUCCUCGUGUGGACGACCCAUCACCUCACACGGACGACCCAUCCCCUCGCGCUGACGGGCAACCCAUCUCCUCGCGCCAACGACCCAUCUCCUCGCGCCAACAACCCAUCUCCUCGCGCCAACAACCCAUCUCCUCGCGCCAACGACCCAUCCCCUCGCGCCGACAAGCCAUCCCCUCGCACUGAUAGCAACUUAUCGCCAAGUUGCGCUGAGCAAUCAACGACCCACCGUCUCCUCGCGCGGCCGACAUCUCGUGCGGACGACAUCUCGCGCGGCCUGUUUGUUCUUUCCUCCAACGACCACCUUCUUCCCGUGGUCUUCUGUAUCCCGAUCGUCACCCCUCUCGAGGCUUCCCUUCCUCUCACCGAGAUGUCUAGUACGCCCGCCCCCACCGUUGGUCCCCCAUCUCCCCUGCCUACUACCUCUGACAUCUCAAUCGGCGACGCCACCACCCUCGCUCCAGUCUCCGACACCUAUCUUAAUCCCACACGCCCUGGCGUUGACAACCCAUCCACGUCUUUCUCGGAUGAGCUCGCCGCACUGUCUGAGCUCUACGACCUCGGCACAGAUCCCUCGCUCGGUGGCGGCAGUGCACCGUCCUUUGGCCAAACGUACGGGGAAAUGAUGGUCGCGGCAACGCGCCGUCUCGUCCCCCCUGCGCGUUGGGUGAGCAUAGUUGAAGAAAUCGCGGAAUACCACCGGUCCCUGGUCAUCGCGGAGCUCCUGGAUGCGCCGCGCCCCUCCACGUUAAGCCCGCGGACCCACGCAGUCUUGGUCGACACCCUCUUCGCCGGUGCUGCGGCGGCAACGGACCUCCAUGCGGCAGGAAGCUCUGGCGACGUGGGCGUGGGCGUGGAUUCCACCUGCGCGGCCACAGCCCACGCGCCCGUGAACGACCUCGAGCCUGCGCCGCACGCCGCGCUCGGGGUGGACCUCAGCGCCUGCCUGCGCCUCGAGAACCUCACGCUCUCCUUCGACUUCGCACCCGUCGCGGACGCUGCUGCGGGGCUGUGGGACCUCCUGCGCGUCGUCCGCGCCGCGCUCGCGCUCUACAUACACGUGCUCGUGCCGCAGGUGCAGGUGUUCCCCGCGCUGCGCGAGAUCGCGCUCCAGGUGUUCUGCGCGACAGUGGCCCCUGUGGCAUUUGCGUGCUCCACAAGCGCGCCGUUCCUGGGGGAGCCCCGCCCACGCGACGGCAAAUCGGUGCGGAUGCCGAUGCGGUUCCCGCACCUCGACACAGACUCUUCCCCCCCGGCCGUAACUUAUGGCUCCCCCGAGCCCGCGACGCUGUCCCAGUACGUCGCUGCCAUGCAUGUGGACGGCGCUGGCUAUAUGGCCUCCGCCGACCUGGCUCCCUCUGGCAACCGCUCCAACGUCCCCGCGUCUACGCGCGAGGCCGACGAAGGAGCCCCUCAACACCCGGAAUACCGCGCUGGCGACGCGCUGUCGCUCGCCCUCCCGCCCACCGCCACAUCCGCGGAGGGCGCCCCCUCGAACGCCACGCCCACUCAGGACGUCCUGUCCGGGUGGGCCGCCCCCACCCCGGGCCCCGACGCCUCCCCCCCGGCUCACAACGUCCUCGGCGGCAUCGGCUCCAUGGCCACCCUCGCCGCCAUGCUCUUCGAGGCCGCCUCCCACGGGUGGGAGCCGGAAACCGUCAUCCCGCGCCUCGCCGCGGCUUACACCGUCACCCCGGACGCCGCGGGCACCCUCGUCAACCACGGGCUCCACGACAACCUCGGACCGUUCAUCGCGGAAGGCCACCCCAAGGCCCUCGCGGCCAUGCACGCAGCCAACGACCCCCCCCCUGGGCUCACCCCCCUCCUCCGCGGAAACCCCGAGACGGACACCUCGUUGCCUCCGCACACCCAGGCCCAGGCCCCCCCCAGCCCCCACGCCCCCGGCCCACGCCCCUGCCACGACCGCCGCACGCCUGGAAUGCGUGGCCCUGCCUGA